AAUGAAUAUGAAGCUAGCAGUAUAUACACAGGACUUACACGUCGCUUAUUAGUUGAAACAAAACUAUAUAACGCUCUCGAGAUGCCUGACAGAGAUAAACUAGACACUGAAGAGAUGCAAGAAUUUGAUGACAUAUUUCUGCUCUUGAAUUCAUUUGGAAGAUAUCAAAAGAUUGUAUUCUUUUCGGUUCAUAUGAUGUUAUUUCCAAUAGCUAUGCAGUUUGAUGCUCUGGUUUUUGGGUUCAGUACUCCAUACUUUCAUUGUGUUACUCCUAAUGUAACAUGUGAGGAUAAAAAGUGUUGCUCCGAUUGCAAGGAGUAUGUAUUCGAUGGACCAUUUCACAGUACUGUAUCUGAGUGGAACCUUAUAUGUGACCGCGCGUACCUGGCCGCUACUAUCCAGUCGUGUUAUUUUGUUGGGAUGCUCUUUGGGUCGUUGAUCACUGGAAUGAUUUCUGAUGCUUGGGGAAGAAAAAAGUGCAUUUUCGCUUCUAAUCUUAUAAUGGUAUUGCCCGGAGUUGCAACAUCAUUUGUGGAUUGUGUUUCGUUCAUGGCAUUUCUUCGUUUCUUGGUUGGAUUCUCAAUUCCUGGAGUUAUGCUACCAUCGUUUAUAUACGUGAUGGAAUUCGUUGGUCCUUCAUACCGCACCGCCGCCGGCAACUUUGGUGUAUUUGUGUUCAGUUUAGUUGGACUAUGGACUGUAUUUUGUGCUUACUUCCUUCGUGAUUGGAGAUGGUUUCUUCUCGUUUGUACUGCGCCAGCAGCAUUGCUUUUCCCGUUUUGGAAAGUUUUCCCGGAAUCUCCCCGGUGGCUGAUCGCUAAAAAUCGCUUAGAASAAGCUCAAUCUGUACUCAUGAAGUAUGGCGGUAAGAACAAUGAGCCCGUCGAUGAACAGAAGGUACGAGAACUCAUCCAAGAUAUACGAAGACAAGAACUGGCGACGAUCGCAGUACAAAAGAACUAUUCGCCAUUGGACCUUGUGAGAACCCGAAAGAUGAGAAAAUGGACUUUGAUCAUAUGCUAUCAAUGGUGGGCUGUAGCGAUAGUAAGUUUUGGGAUUUUGCUAUUUUUUACCCAGCUUGCUGGUAGUCCCUACAUCAACUUUCUUAUCAUGAAUGGAGCAGCUGCACUUACAAUCACCUUUGUCACCUUUGUUACCUACUUGAAAUUUGGACGUCGUAUWACUCAUGCUGCUUUUAUAGUGAUUGCUGGUGUCGUUCUUCUAUCAAUACUGGCAGUGCAUGACGAUUUUCCAUUGGCGACCACAAUCUUAAGUCUGAUUGGCUACAUUACAAUCGACAGUAAUUGGAUUGGUGUCUACAUUAUUACGACCGAGAUGUWCCCGACUGUAGUCAGGAACACUGCACAGGGAGUUGGAUCGGCUAUGGCUCGUUUUGGUGCAAUAUUAGCUCCUUAUAUUUCUAUGAUGAGUCAGCUACCAGGCCUUGGACUUGCAUUUCCUGUCGUUAUCUUUGGUGUGCUCGCAUUGGUUGCUGGGAUAUUGAUGUAUUGGAUUCCCGAGACGCUCUACGCGCCCAUGCACCAGACCAUUGGCGAGGCUGAAUCUGCGGAGGAAGAUUUUGGCAUUCCUUGUUGUGGCAAGAAAAACAAGUCACCCAGAGUUCGCGUUCCUAUGAGCGGUGAAUAUAACAUGAAUGACAAGGAACAUGAAAUGACGAAAUUGUAGUCGGAUUUUAAUUAUGCACUAGUCAGGAAACCUCCGUCCCCCGACUUCCGGGAAAUUCCGGGGAAUUUAACCUUGAAUGGUUAAUUUUCGUAAUCAUUUUGUACUCAUUAAUUGCUUACUACAUGAGAGUAACAGUGGUCGAAGUAAUAAGUUUCUUUUAACUUUUCAUGAAAGGAAAAAUAGACAAAUACACAAUAUAAAUAACAAUGAAAAAAUGUAUACAAAUG